GGCAGCUGGGAGAAACCAAAAGGAAAAAAAAGAAAACCAUUGCCCCUGAAAUCCUUAACGCUGGGUGAGGGACGCUCGGGCGAAUGAGGGGAAAGGAGGGUUUUAGAUCUUACCACCACUCCCACCACGGGCUAACUCCCUCGUACCCUUCUGUCUCGCCUUAAGAUCAGUAAUAUCGAGUGUACUGGCAUCUCCCUAAGUCUCCCUGGGCUGGUUCGUGGCGCAAGGGCGAGGACCCCGUGUGCGCGCUGCCCUGGCAGGGGCUGCAAGGAGAGGAUGACUUCGGAGGCUCGGAACCCCAAAGAAGCCAGCUCCUGAAUUCUGUUACUUCAUCAGUGGCUUGGAAAGUCAGAUACACCUUGAGAACUCUGAAAUAAUAUGGAUAAAUUCAUAAACAACAUGGAUGUCCGAAUUAAAACAGAAAGUGAUUCGAUGGAGGUAUUCAAACAGGUCACUGGCCCUGUUCCAACCAGAGAUCCUUCUGUGAGAGGAGACAGAAGGAAUAUGACUUCUCCACCAUUCCUGGCUGCCAGCCCAAUGGAGAACCCAGCUCUGUUUAAUGACAUCAAGAUUGAGCCUCCAGAAGAGCUCCUGGAGAGUGAUUUCAAUACGCCCCAGGUGGAACCAGUUGAUCUCUCCUUUCACAAACCGAAGGCUCCGCUCCAGCCUGCUAGCAUGCUGCAAGCUCCAAUCCGCCCUCCCAAGCCACCGACUGCACCUCAAGCCAUUAUGGUGUCUACUUCAGCCGACACAGUCACUUCAGCAGCCAUUCCGACUGUUCUCACUCCAGGCUCUAUCCUGGCCUCCUCUCAGGGGACCGGUGGCCAGCCGAUUUUACAUGUGAUCCACACCAUCCCCUCAGUCAGUUUGCCAAAUAAGAUGACUGGACUAAAGACAAUCCCGCUGGUGGUUCAGUCUUUGCCGAUGGUCUAUACAAGUUUGCCUGCAGAUGGGAGCCCUGCAGCCAUUACUGUCCCACUUAUUGGAGGAGAUGGCAAAAGUGCUGGAUCAGUCAAAGUUGACCCCGCCUCCAUGUGUCCACUGGAGUUCCCAAGUGAUAGUGAUGAGAGCGCAAUUGAGAGUGGCUCUUCAGCCUUACAGAGUCUGCAGGGAUUUCAUCAUGAACCAGCGACAAUGGUCCACAUGCAGGGAGAAGAAUCUCUUGACUUAAAGAGAAGACGGAUUCAUCAGUGUGACUUUGCAGGAUGCAGCAAAGUGUACACCAAAAGCUCUCACCUGAAAGCUCACCGCAGAAUCCAUACAGGAGAGAAGCCUUACAAGUGCACCUGGGACGGCUGUUCCUGGAAAUUUGCUCGCUCGGAUGAGCUUACUCGCCAUUUCCGUAAGCACACAGGCAUCAAGCCGUUCCGGUGCACAGACUGCAACCGCAGUUUUUCUCGAUCUGACCACUUGUCCCUCCACCGCCGGCGUCAUGACACCAUGUGAAUAUCACAGGCGACAGCAGACGCGCUGCACCAGUCUCCUAAGUGUGUGCUGAAGUUGUAACUAUGUUUGCCUCUUUGACUACAACUUGCCCCAUGUGAUUGGGGUUUGAACAGCUUACUGAGCCAGGUUAAUGAGACUGGAAAACAAGUUAGCUGGUCUCCCAUGCGCUCUUCAUAUUCGCUUUCCUCUCCACUGUCCAGACUUCAUUUUGCAACCUCUUCCUGGGUUGAAUUCUAGUGCGGCGCCCAUGGCUGCCCUCCCUGAUCCCUCAUGCUAUAUUAUAGACAUUUUUCCUACAAUAACAAACAAAACAGGAAUCAAACUCAAGGCUGUGAACAAACAUCCGCUGCUCCCCCCACCCCCAGUUUUCUCUUGUUUUCGAAAACCAGUACUUAAUGUCACUUAGCAAUGUCCUAAAAUGAGGGGUAUUUUCAAAGUUGUAGCUACAAGGGGCAUAACAGUAGAGUUGGUUGAUCAAAUUUACAGAGACUUGAGUCUGAAAUACAGUCUCAAGCUAACCAUGAAGGUUUUGUAGAUCCAGUUUUACUUGUUCUUAACAGUUUGGUUUACAGGCAGUGCCAGCCCUCCUUUUGAAGUUCAUCAAAAGCAAUGAAGGGAUUCCUUGACCUCCUUUUCCUCCUCAUGCUCCCUUAGAGUGAAAGGUUUUAUGGCACAAUUCCAUUCUUUUUAGGUUAUGUGUUUGGACA